GUCAAAUUAACUUUUCAUUUUUGAGUGAUUAAAGUGGAUUUAAAAAUUGUGCAAAGUGAUUGUGAAAUUGUGAAAUACUUAAAUUGGUGUAGAUUGAAAUAAAUUAAUCACCGUUAACACAUCAUCAGCCAACGAAUCAGCUUCAUUAGCUCCGAUCAGUCUCUUUUUAUGGACUACAAGACAAAGGACAACAAAAACUAUAAACUUGAUGCUGAUGACAGGCCAGCUAUUGUAAUAUCUCGAAAAGCUUAUGAUUUAAUAUUAAAAAAUGAUAAAUGGUAUAAGGCAUUGAAACGUCAACGAACAUCAUUUGAAGAGACUAAUGAGCUAGAUAAAUCGAUUGCCAUGCAGUUUAUUGAGCAUCAUAAUGCAACAUUUACAACCACAAAAAAAGAAAAAUCCAAAAAUAUUAAAAUUAAGAAAAUUAACUUUAAAAUUAAUUUACAUUUAAAUCAGGAAGAAUUUAAGAAUUAUUUAUUUAGGGAAGGUUUUAUUAAUGAAGAAAAAAUGCAAUUUUUGCUCAAUGUUGUUAAUGGUUUGAAACUUUGUAGACUUGAAUUAGUUGAGAAUCAAUAUUUGAAGGAUAUUUAAUG